AUGGGUUCUUCAGUGUUCAAACCGUUAAUCCACUUAUCGACUAUAACCAAUUAUCCAUAUGUGGAUUUUAUAUUUGUGACGUUUGCUGUACUCUUCAUCAUCAACGCAGUCACGACUUUUUAUAGGCUGCUAAAAAUGAGAUGGGCAAGUGAGAAGGCGUUCGCUGAUUUCCCGAUUGAAAACAGACAUCCUAUAUUUGGACAUGUACUUCUGGUCAAAUUGAAUUCAGAGGAAACGAUUCAGGAUAUUGCUGAAAGGGCAGAUAUAUUCCCAUACACUGACCAGCUGUGGUUAGGUCCGUUCCAUGCACUGUUGAUAUGUUAUCAUCCAGACACAAUGAAACCAGUUCUUUCUUCCUCAGAACCAAAAGACGAAUUUACGUAUGGAAUGGUAAAACCGUGGUUAGGAGAUGUACUACUGAUAAGUAAAGGAAGUAAAUGGUUUCGUAAUAGACGUCUAUUAACACCGGGAUUCCAUUUUGACAUAUUGCGACCCUAUGUACAUAUAUUCAAUGAAUGUACACAUACGAUGAUGGACAAAUGGAUGAAGCAAUAUGACAAUGGGAUGAUAGAGAUGUUCGAACAUGUCAGUCUGAUGACACUGGACAGUUUGAUGAAAUGCAUAUUUAGUAUUGAGACUCAUUGUCAAACUGAGGUGUCCACAAAUCCAUACAUUACUGCAGUUUAUGAGUUAUCAGAAAUGGUAGUUAAUCGGAUCAACUUCCCACCAUACUUCAGUGAUCUCAUCUUCCAUUUAACGUACAGUGGUUACAAAUGGCGAAGAGCUCUACGUCAAGUCCACGGACACUCAAAAACAGUGAUACAUCAACGAAAGCAGGCAUUGGAAGAGCAAAAAGAGCUCGGAAUUAAACACAAAAGAAAAUAUAUUGAUUUCCUAGAUAUUCUACUUGAGGCCAGGGAUGAAAAUGGCAAAGGCCUAACAGAUCAAGAGAUCCAAGAUGAAGUUGAUACUUUCAUGUUUGAGGGACACGACACCACAGCUAGUGGAAUUUCUUGGAUCCUCUAUAACAUUGCCAAACACACAGAACAUCAACGAAAAUGUCAAGAAGAAAUUGACGAAUUGAUGGAACAGAAAGAUAAAGAUGUGAUUGAGUGGGACGAUCUAUCAAAACUGCCUUAUCUGACAAUGUGCAUUAAAGAAAGCCUGCAAUUGCAUCCACCGGUCCCUUUCAUUGGAAGGAAAUUGAGUAAACCCAUUGAAAUGCCCUCACCGACAGGCAAUGGUAAAGUUACGAUUCCUGCUGGUGAGAGAAUUGGUUUGCCUAUUAUUGGUUUACAUCACAAUCCCCACGUGUGGGAAGAUCCCGAGGUUUAUAACCCGUUACGAUUUACGCCUGAGAACUCCAAAGGACGCUCACCACAUGCAUAUUUACCAUUCUCUGCUGGACCAAGGUAG